AUGUCAGAUCAGGCUCGUCAGGCCGUGACCGCCCUGGAGCAGCAGCGUGCCCCGGUCGACGAAGAGCUCCGUGCGGCCCGUGCGUCGCUUUCUCAGAGCCGCACGGAGACUGAGGCGGCCCAGAACCUGAACGUCCCGCUGCAGGACGACCUUCGGCGCGCCAACGCGCUCUUGGUGGCCCACGCCGAGGAGCUCCGCCGCGGCGCGACGCGUAUCCACGAGCUGGAGGAGUCGGUGGCAACAGCCACGACUCUCCGUGUGGCCGCCGAGUCCGAGAUGGCGCGGGCUCAAGCUGACAAACUUUGCGCCACGUUUCGCGCGGUGCAAUAUCGGGCUGGGUGGCUGUCCAUGCGGCGGUCGUCUCAGCAGCGUCGAGAAGCAGUCGGCGCCCAGACCCAUCGUCUCAGCGCUCGCGUCGUCGAGCUGGAGGAGGAGCGCGACUUGGCCGUCCGAGAGCGCGACGAACGCGCUGUGGUUUGGCGUCGGAUGCUUCGAGACGCGCGUCGGGGCCGAGAGCUGGCGCGGCUGGUGCGCGACGAGCUUGCCGAUCGCCUCGCCGGUGUCGUAACGCGUGUAGGCGGGCAGAUCGACACCGCUGACCUGGUCAGGCGACUCGAAGCCACCUUCACGGCGGAGAUCGACGGUGCGGUCCCCCUCCCCACUGCUAUUCCUACGUCCGCAGCAGUUCCUGUGGCAUCCGCGGUUCCUGUUCCUGCUCCAACUGCGUCGAGCUCUGGUGCCCGGGCGGGCUCGUCGGCUUCGAAGGCGGGCUCGACGACUGGCGCUUCCCCUCCAGCAGGUCCUUCGGGAUCCCGUCCCGUUCCGACUUCGUCCGCUGCCUCGUCCUCGCCGUCAGGUGUGGCGUCCGCUACGUCGUCCGGUUCUUCGCCCCUUCGACGUAGUCGGCGGCCCUCUACCGUGGCCGACACUGUGGCUUCCGACAACGCCGCUGCGCAGGCCUCAUCUGCCGCUACGCCCUCUGCGGCCGCUGCAGCUGCAGCGCGCGCACGAGAGGACGCGUCGCUCUUCGGUUCCGAGUCUUCGGACAGCGAGGACCAAGCGCGGCGAGCUCAGCCCAAGCUCACGUUCCCGGACACCCCCGCGCUCCCGUUCUGCUUCGCGUUCGCGUUCGCGCUCGGCCCCUCGUUCGCGUUCGCACUCGUCCCCACGCUCGCGCUCGCGUUCUCGCUCGCCCUCCUUGGCGUCGACACACUCGGCCGGCUCAGCGCGUUCGGCGCACUCGGCGGGGUCGGCGCAUUCGGCGGGGUCGGCGGCCUCGUGUCACUCUUCUCCUGCACGGACGACGCACUCCUCGCCGAGGGGCCUGGAGACGACUCGUCCGCUUCCUCGUCGUCCCGCGCCUCAUCCUCGAGCACCACCUCCAGCGGCUCGGCGGGGAGUGCUCCGGCGGCGCCCUUCUUCGACCCUGUGAUUCCGCCUGCCGGAACUCCGUCUGGCUGGCGGCAGCCUCGCUACGCUCCUUGGUCCAAGCGGGUACGACGUCUCCGCCUUCAUCUCAUCACCGUGCAGGAGUUGCGAACGCUCUUCCUGCCGCCGCCCGGCUGGAUCAUUCCGCGCCGUGUUCCCCCCGCGCCUGCGAACUGGAACCGCGCCCUCGUGACUCUGGCCAACGUCGACGCGCAUUACGCGACUCGGCCGUGGCGCUACCUCGCUCAAGCCGCUGAGGCGCUUCUCUUCGCGUCCGGCGACGCGGCGUUCCGCCCAUUCCUACGUCGGCUCCGGCACCACAUCGAGCACUGGGCUCAGGCGUACUGGGAGGCCACCCAUGAGCUCUUCGUGCAGGACGCGGCGUGGAAAAGGUGGCGCACGGCUCGCAACUCGCGUCGCUCCCACGCGGGCAACCACCUCAACAGCCUGUUGCAGCUGGUGGUCGGGCUGUUCCAGCAAGAGCUCGCAGACAUGGACCUCUUGCUGGAUCCAAUGGUGCUUCACUUUCCGCCCGCGCACACGUCGAUCGGACGGUGGUAUCCAGGCCUCCAGCACGCGACGUUGCAAGCCGCGCUCGACGACAUCGACGCGCAGGAGCCCUGGCGUCGGUUCUAUCGGACGCCGCUCACUGUGGCCGAGAUGGACGCCAACGUACGCUGCCGAGUGACACGCGAUCACCCCGCCUUCCAUGUGCCGCGUCUUGCCGGUAAGUUCGUCCAGCAGGUUUGA